CCGUCGAGUGAGACUAAGUGCUGUAGACAUGGCAGUGUGGGAGCUACUGUGCACGCUGUGGCAGUUCCUGCUGCUGAACCUGAAGGUGUUGUACGUCCUUCUGGCUGACGUGGUCUCCACGCUGCUACCGCCCCCUCAGAAGAACCUCAGCGACUCUGUCGUGCUCAUCACGGGGGCCGGGGGAGCGCUGGGGCGGGCCCUGGCCCUGCAGUUCGCGGCAUGUGGGGCCCGACUGGCGCUCUGGGACAUCAGCGAGGCGAGCGUACAGGCGAGCGCUGAGGCGGUGCAGGCGGCAGGCGGGGAGGCGUUCGUCUUCGUCUGUGACGUCACGAGCCCUGAUGACGUCACCGCUACCGCGGCCAAGGUGCGUGAUGAGGUUGGUGAGCCUGGUGUGGUGGUGCUGAGCGCUGGUGUGUACCACCACAAACCAUUUCUGCAGCACACCGAGCACGACAUCCGCACCACGGUGGAUGUCAACCUCAUGGGCAACAUCUGGGUAACACGCGCGUUCCUGGGCGGUAUGAUGGCCAGCAACAGCGGCCACGUGGUGGUGCUGUCCUCCGUGCUGGGCGUGAUGGGCCGCCCCCUCCUGGCCCCGUACUGCGCCUCCAAGUUCGCCGUCACGGGUGAACUCUUGUCUGCUGUUCUGAGAGUGCCCGGUGUGUUCGACAUCCUGACGCCUGCAGACGCGGCCUCUGCCAUCGUCACCGCCGUCCGGAGGAACCAAGAGGAGCUCUUCCUGCCGCGCAAACUCAAGCCCCUCAUGAGGAUCAACAGACGGCGAGUUUCUCUCAUUUCGCUCAUCGCUGAGCAUUUGCAGGAUGUAAAGCUGAGGGAACGAGUAGACGAAGAGCUUCCAAGAUGGCUGUAG